AUGGAGCCACGACUGAAUGCGCUACUGGACAUCUCGAACCAAAGUAGCAUGCCGUACAUCGCAGAGCCACCGAACAUGAGCUCAUCUGGCUCACAAAGGCCCUCGCAUCAUGCUGAUCAAAGCUUCGUACGCCCCAAAGCACUAAUGCUGGCAAACACCUCCCCUGAAACCAGUCAGUCGAACGACGUCCGAAGGGACGGACACGAGAGGUUAUAUCCCAUACGGUCGAUGCCUAGUGCUCCGAUAGCACAGGUGUUAAACAGCGAGGCGAAUGUGCUUGGGGCUGCACAGUCUGUAUCAUCGACUUUUGCCUCGUCAACGACGCCCUUCAGUGGAAGACUAGUUGACUUGCUUUUGGACAGCCCGGAUCAUGCAAGGCAAAGAUGGGAUCAGGAACAGCAAUUUCUCCAGCCUGAAAACACAGGAUGCAGUACUUCUGUCAUCAAAUUACCGAGGCUACCGCAACCUCCUAAGCGGACAGCAAAACGACCUAGAAUACCGCCGUUGCUGCAGGGUUUGCAUCAACCUCCUCCGCUUCCGCCUGAGGGGAGACUCUUCCCGCCGAUUACUGGGGAAAAGAAUGCAUUCGCAGGCGAGAGAGGGUACGAUGCGCGUUUUGAAGAAUCUAGGGGCAAGGACGUGGAUGAUCAUGCUUUUCUCGAAGGUGGUGCAUUGGACUAUAGCAAAACCAUUCAAAGCGCUGAACAUCCAUCCGUCUCUCAAGCGGCACCUCAGUCUGUGUCUUCUAGUACACCAGACGCAGUCCAUGGGGCCGAUUUAACAACAAACAACGUCACGGGCACUUUAGCGCCGUCCCAAACUAAGCGUGGAAAGAAACGAAACAAAUGGUCUGAGCAAGAGACCAAAGAUUUGCUUAUAGGAGUCAGCAGGUAUGGUAUAGGCAAUUGGAAGAAGAUACUACAGGAUCCAGAUUUUGCGUUCAACAACCGCACGGCCGUUGAUCUGAAAGACCGUUUCCGAGUGUGCUGCCCGGGUGAAGGUCUAAAGCCACGGCAACCAAGGACGAAAGCAAAAGAGAAGGUAAACUUGGAUGAGACGGCCUCUGGUUUGCCAAACCAAACCAUCCAUACCCAUCAGCACUCUCUUCCUAUCAGUGGUCAUAAUAACGGCAAUAACUUGAUUUCGAAUCCCCCCAGUCCUACAGAAAAUCAACCACGGGGAGCAACUCGUAGCAAAACCACAACGCAUCUAGACCUCGCCGAGCUCGGUAUUCGCGAACCAUUUUCAAAAAUCACACGUCGACCGCGCCGAGCCUUCAGUGCACGCGAUGACGUCAAUCUUCUCAAGGGCUUUGAGAAAUAUGGAUCUGUUUGGCAUCUGAUGCGUGACGACGAGGAUCUAGACUUUGCUACUCGGCAUCCUACGGAUCUGCGCGAUCGUUUCAGAAUCCGCUAUCCGGACAAGUACGCCAAAGCAGGAUAUAAACUCAAAGCAAAAGAAAAAGAACGCACAUCAUCGAAUCAAGCACAUGUCCAAGAGCAAGAGAGACACGAUGAUUCUGCGCAACCAGAGCAGACUUUCCUGGUCCACAGUUCCUCACAGCAAGCUCAAACACAGCACCCACAACACGACUCGAUUACCAUGGGAGGCAAAGACAUGCACCCUUCCAACAAUAACAAUAACAACGGAGCAAACACCAACAUGUCAUCCCACCUGCCUACUCCCAACAACAACAACAAUAAUAAUCAUCACAACCCAGCUCUAAAGUCUUUCAACUCGUCGUCUUACCUCUCCGACCCUCUCCCGACCCUUCCUUUCGACGACGCAGAUCCCGAUCUCACACAAGACAUGAGUACUGUAGGCGACGAGAGUCCCAUAACUCUAAGUCGGAAUAUCCUCCGCUGGGCUGACGCAAAUCCAUCUUCGCUCUACGCUUUCACCCCUGCUGUUUCUUCUUCCUCGACGUCGGCGGGGAAUAUGCAUGGUGUUGGUCAUAGUAAUAAGGGUGAGGGAGGAACUAGUGGGGGGUCAAAUGGGUUCGCAGGAGGAGGCCAGCAGCAGCAGCAGCAGAUGGAGGGAGGAAGGGGGACGGCGUUGCCUGAGGCGGAUACUUGGCUGCUAGGCGGCGAGAGAGUCCAGGCGUUUGGCAUGUAUAGAUAUCGAUCUUGA